CAACUUGUUGAGAGAGAUGGCGAGCCCGAUGGUGGCCACCCCGGUCCAGCUCCGCACCAACACCGGCACCGGCCGCCUCCGCUUCUCCUCUUCCCCCAACGCAGCAGCCAGGCGGCGAUUCGCGGCGGUGAGGGCGUCGGCGGAGGCGAUGGCCACGGAGAAGCUGGGCAUCAGGGUGGAGCGCAACCCGCCCGAGUCCCGCCUCUCCGAGCUCGGCGUCCGCCAGUGGCCCAAGUGGGGGUGCGAGAAGAGCAAGUUCCCGUGGACCUACUCGGCCAAGGAGACGUGCUACCUUCUGCAGGGGAAGGUGAAGGUGUACCCGGAGGGCCACGGGGAGGAGUUCGUGGAGAUCGCCGCGGGGGACCUGGUCGUCUUCCCCAAGGGCAUGAGCUGCACCUGGGACGUCGCCGAGGCCGUCGACAAGCACUACAACUUCGAAUAGCUGCCGCCGCCGCCCAUGCCAGACUAGCCUGGUAUGGUACGCAGUAGCUGUAAUUUGGUGACCGCCUAGUGGGAAUGUUUGAAUUGCUCCUGCUUUUCCAUUCCUGCCUGUUGACUUGCUGUGCUCUGAGCUAGUGAUGCUCCAGUCCAGUGUUAAACAGCAUAAUAAAGCUCUGGAUUAGCGAACUACAAUACUUGUGUUUUCUUAUGUUUUCUGU